GCAGCGGCGGCUGCCGAGAUUGGAAUCCGCCUGCUGGCGCUCGGCAAAGAAGGAGGGAGGAGGGCGAGGAGGGCGGAGGGCGGGCAGGAAGGCAGGCUCGGGCUCCGGCGCGUCCGUCCGCGCGAGACGAGGAUCGUACGGCCGCACGAAGGGCGAUCGGGCCGGGGCCGGGGCCGCUGCAAGCCCAGGGCGGAGGCCGAGUGGGGCCCCUGUCGCGUCCCGGCGGCUCGCCGCGCCCACCCCGCUUUGCGCCGAGGGCUGGAGGAUGAGUUCCCCGGGGUCCGGAUUUGUGGAAAUAUGCAUCAGUUUAAUACUGUCUUGGAAUUCAUGAGAUGGAAGCAUAGAUCAAAGCUGUUUGGAGAAACUUGGAAGUCCACUUUUAUCUAGCCACAUCUCUGAGGAGUCAGGAGAAAGCAGUGGAAGUUGGAAUCAUUGUCAAGUGAUUGAGACCUUUUACAAGAAAAUCUCAUUGAAUAAAAGUCAUUUGAAUUAGUGACAUAACAAGACCAGGUGACAGUGUAUACAAAACAUUAAAAUUGAACAAUGACUCAGCUAUAUAUUUACAUCAGAUUAUUGGGAGCCUAUCUGUUCAUCAUUUCUCAAGUUCAAGGGCAGAAUCUAGACAGUAUGCUCCAUGGUACUGGGAUGAAAUCAGACUCCGACCAGCAGAAGUCAGAAAAUGGAGUAACCUUAGCACCAGAGGACACCUUGCCUUUUUUAAAGUGCUACUGCUCAGGACACUGCCCGGACGACGCUAUUAAUAACACGUGCAUUGCCAAAAAGCUUUUUGAUUCACCAAAAGCCCAGCUACGCCGGACAAUAGAAUGUUGUCGGACCAAUUUAUGUAACCAGUAUUUACAACCUACACUGCCCCCUGUUGUUAUAGGUCCAUUUUUCGAUGGCAGCGUUCGAUGGCUGGUUGUGCUCAUUUCUAUGGCUAUCUGCAUAAUUGCUAUGAUCAUCUUCUCCAGCUGCUUUUGUUACAAACAUUAUUGCAAGAGCAUCUCAAGCAGACGUCGUUACAAUCGUGAUUUGGAACAGGAUGAAGCAUUUAUUCCUGUUGGAGAAUCCUUAAAAGACCUUAUUGACCAGUCACAAAGUUCUGGUAGUGGAUCUGGACUACCUUUAUUGGUUCAGCGAACUAUUGCCAAACAGAUUCAGAUGGUUCGGCAAGUUGGUAAAGGCCGAUAUGGAGAAGUGUGGAUGGGUAAAUGGCGUGGUGAAAAAGUGGCAGUCAAAGUGUUUUUUACCACUGAAGAAGCUAGCUGGUUUCGAGAAACAGAAAUCUAUCAAACUGUGCUAAUGCGCCAUGAAAAUAUACUUGGUUUUAUAGCAGCAGACAUUAAGGGUACAGGUUCCUGGACUCAGCUCUAUCUAAUUACUGAUUACCAUGAAAAUGGAUCGCUUUAUGAUUUCCUGAAAUGUGCUACACUAGACACCAGAGCCCUCCUCAAGUUGGCCUAUUCAGCUGCCUGUGGUCUGUGCCAUCUCCACACGGAAAUUUAUGGCACCCAAGGAAAGCCUGCAAUUGCUCACCGAGACCUAAAGAGCAAAAACAUCCUCAUCAAGAAAAAUGGAAGUUGUUGCAUUGCUGACCUGGGUCUUGCUGUUAAAUUCAACAGUGAUACAAACGAAGUUGAUGUACCCUUGAAUACCAGGGUUGGCACAAAACGCUACAUGGCUCCAGAAGUGCUAGAUGAAAGCCUGAAUAAAAACCAUUUCCAGCCCUACAUAAUGGCAGACAUCUAUAGCUUUGGCCUAAUCAUUUGGGAAAUGGCUCGUCGUUGUAUCACAGGAGGGAUAGUAGAAGAGUACCAGUUGCCGUAUUACAACAUGGUGCCCAAUGAUCCAUCCUAUGAAGAUAUGCGUGAGGUUGUGUGUGUCAAACGUUUGCGGCCAAUUGUGUCUAAUCGAUGGAACAGUGAUGAAUGUCUACGAGCAGUUUUGAAGCUAAUGUCAGAAUGCUGGGCCCACAAUCCAGCCUCCAGACUUACAGCUCUGAGAAUCAAGAAGACACUUGCCAAAAUGGUUGAAUCCCAAGAUGUAAAGAUUUGACAAUUAAGCAAUCGUGAGGAGAAAUUCUAGACUGCAAGAACUGUUUUCACCCAAGGAAUGGGUGGAAUUAGAGUAGAAUAAGGAUAGCUUGGUUCUCAGACUCUUUCCUCACUACACCUUCACAGGCUGCUAAUAUUAAACCUUUCAGUACUCUGUAGAACAUAAGCUGGGAACUUCUAAACACGUCAUUCUUUGUAUAUGGACAGCUUUAUUUUAAAUGUGGUUUUUGAUGCCUUUUUUUUUUUAUUGGGUUUUUAUGAACUUCAUCAAGACUUCAAUCCUGAUAAAUAAGCCUCCAGUCAAACUCUGGGUACUGAAUUACCUGUUCAUAAAAUAGUGCUUUCUGUGAAAGCCUUAAGAAGAUAAAUGAAUUCAGCAGAGAUGGAGAAACAUACACUUGCCUUCUACCUGAAAAAUUUUAAUCUAUUUGUAUUCUACAUUUGUAAACAGCCUAUGGAUUAUGAUCUGUUUGGAAUAGUGCUUAGUUUAUAAUAGUUUAUCAUACCUUGGUAAUGGUGUGUGUGUGCACGCAAACACGCCAGGAUUCCUCUGCUGCCAUUUGAAUUAGAAGAAAAUAAUUUAUGAAUGCACAGAAAGAUAUUAGUGGCUGUUGGUUUUGUACUUUAAAAAUGCAUGAUCUGACCAAGAUUUGCCAAUCACGUAAAGCCAUUUACCUUGCAGGUGAGCUAGCUUCUCCACCAACUUUAUUUAUAGCAUAAAAGUUGAUAUUAAAAGCCAAAAGUUUAAAGUGCCCGUAAAUUUGGACUGUUUUCCUCCCACCACCAUCUUUUUUUUUUCUUUUGGUAAUUACUAUUUUGUCAUGAAAAGCAUUCUGUCCAAAGUUGGAACUUCCUAUGCCAUGAACCUUGUAAAGAAAACACUUCUUAUUGAAGUUAAUUACUAAUUACUGCAUUCGAUAGCAAUGUUAAGUGCCUAUAACCAUGUUCUGUAUUCUUUAUUCUCAGUAACUUUUAAAAGGGAAGUUAUUUAUAUUUUGUGUGUAAUAUGCUUUAUUUGCAAAACACUUGCUCCUUUGACAUCAUUUUAUAUAUGUACAUACAUUCAUACUGUAGAAACUAGCUCACAUGUACCUCACAUCCCAUCCUUAAGGGGAAAAAAAGGAUCGUCAGAAGAAAAUGUUGUAAAGUACAACUACAUAUGAAUUUUCAGAACUAAUGCAUUCAAAGCAGGAUAUCAAACCUAGAACUUUGUUAACUUAAGGCAUAGACUUUCAUUAAGAUACUGUCAUCUCAAUUUUCCUUUAGGAACAGAUCCUCUAAUUAGAAAUUUCUAUUUCAGAGCUGAUACAAAUUUAUCAACAACUGUUUUAGACAUUCAAAUUACUUGAGAUUUUUUAUUUUAUGAUUUCUGUUCCAUAACUUGUGAAGACAAGAGUCAGGCACAAAAGUUCAGUAUCUAGUCAGUACCUCUAUCUAUACUGUAUAGCUGUUAUUCAGGAAAGUUCUACAUAUUUUAUGCAUGUCUUGUUAUCCCAAGGAAUAUUUCUGAUUUAUUUAAACCUGUCAUACUUCUGUAAUGCCUUUUAAACAUUAAUAUCUUAUUCUGAACAAACAACUCAUGGGUGCAUAAAGUGAAACAAUUUUCUUCGAAUAUAACAUAAAUGAGAUUAUUAUAUCAUAUCACAUGAUCAAAACACUUUAAAGGGGAGGAAUCAGAGCCUGUCCAUUUAUUACCAAAAAUUUGAUUGGCACGUAAGGAUGAAACUUACAUAUUUGUCUGUACAUCAAAUUUCACCAAUUUGAAACUUGUUUUAACAGUUUUAACUAAGUUUAAUAAUUUUCAUCUAACAUAAUUCCAGUUUGAAAUGUUCAAGUAAAUUUACAUGUUGCUAGUACCCAAUAACUUGCUCUUUCAGAAUGUUUUGAUUAUCUCUAUACUGAGAUUUAUAGAUAUUUUUAUCUAAGUUGCCAUGUGAUUUAAGAAUACUUAUGAGCUUUGAUUUACUUAGUCUAAGGUUAACCUUGAUUUAUUUUUUUAUUUGAUAAACUAUAAAUCUUAAAUCAUUUGUCAUCUUAAUAAAAAAAUAUCUAAGGAAAGGCAAGCUCUGUUCUUAGGAAUGUCAAAGUAAUAAGUGGAAGCAAAACAUUACAGAUAGUAUAUAAGUAUAAGACCACUGUAAUGAUUUUGUAAUAUCAAGAAUUAAUGUUAGAGACUUGUUAAAUAAAAAUAUUUUCUAGUAUAACAUGUUAUUUAAAAAGCAAAUGAUGCCAUAUUUGAAAUCCUAACAUCUGAAAAAACUUGCAUGAAACUUAUUUUCUCCUCUCCUUCUUACUAUUACUCUUAAAUUUCUCAGUUCAUACAGUAAGUGAAAUAUUUAAAGAGGAAGAGGAAGUAUCAUAUAGUACCAUAGCUAAUAAUUUGUAAAACCCUACAAGCCAUGAUUUGGUCUCAACAAUUUUCGCAUCUUAAAAACGUGUCGCUUCUGUCUGUCAUCCCUUUAAAUAAUUAAAACAUAAAAACAAACAAAAAACCAAAGCUACCUGAAUGUAACAAAAACUAACUUUCAAAGAAAAUUCUUCUUAUGAAUUCUCUUUAUCCUGGUAAAUAUCUCUAGAAUUACAAGCAUGUUCAGAUUGGCUUCAACACUUUUACUCUAAGCUUGCCCUGUGCUUUCUUUCUGAGCAAGCUUCUAAAGCCUAUAAUUUGAAUCUAAUUUCUGUAGAAAAAGCUAUUUCAAUUAACAUGUUGCCUUUUCAAUGUCCAGAUAUAUUUCUAAACUUAGAAAGUGACCUAUAGUUUUUGAAAAUUGUUUUCCUAAAAUGUGCCAGAUUUAUUAUUCACUCAAAAAAAUAGUACCUUUUAUCCAGAUUUUUUGCUUCUGUUUAAAACAAAAAUGCAAUACAAUUUUUAAAGAAUCAUGCAUCUCUAACUUGGCCCAAGAUCAAAUUUGAUAUUGAAUAGUUUAUUUCAGGGAAAAUUUUAUAAAUUAAAUAACUUACAUUUCUUGUCAUACAUAUUGCUUUGCAAUGUUUCUAAUAUCUAAAAUAAUUUCAACAGCAGAAAUACUAAUUGAUUAUUUUUUUAAAAGAUUGUUGCAGCUCUUGUACUGUGUGUAAGAGUGAUAAUAUUUAUUAUUUGCUUGGGUCAGAUGUUAAAAUAGCAGUGUAGCAGUUCAUCUUCUUGUCUCAGUGCUGUUACAAGUGUUACAGUGAAAAUUGCAGACAGCUGACAUGUUCGUAAAAACCAAAUUAAAUCUAGGGCAGCAUCAAAUGAAGUCACAUGUAAUGAUCAUCCCAUAAGGAGAGUAUGUGAAUACUGCUUUUGCAAAGGAUUAAAUAUAUUGUAAUUUUAGCUUGUGCUCUGUACUAUGCUUUCAGUGGAAUUAUUUAAGCCCUUUUAGUGACUGUUGUCCUUCCCCGUUUAAAAACUAAAAUGUAGUAUAUAUUGUAUAAAAUGAAAAUACCAUUAUAGUUUAAUUAGGGAAGUUGUACAUAGACAUUGAAAGAAGGGUUAAAAACCAAGCAGUUUUAUUAUGCAAUUGUAAAACACCAAAAGUAUAGAUUCAUCUUUGGUAUGUAACACACUAAAUGUAUUUUGUACAGCAUCUGGUUUAAAAGGUGCCUUAUUAAGUUUACCAUUAAUUGCUUUAUUCUAUAUAUAGAUUACAUCCAAUGUAUCAUUUUUAAGUAAAUAACCUUAUUUUAGUACACUUUAGUAAUGUGUUUUGUGAUACUCUACUUGGACUGUACAGUAUGUCAGAAGUCACACGUGCCUGGUGAGAUUUUACAACAGAUAAGUUAGUGUACAUACAUAUGCCCCUGAGAUGUGCAUUUCAGCUCCCAGAAACCCAGUACGGAGCGCGGAGCAGGUAAGUGAAGGUGCAACCAUACACUCUUUCCUUUGUGUAGAUAGAGAACACAUAACCUAUUGUAGUAAAGAUUGUUUUUCUUUACAAAAAGAAACCCAAAAAAGAAACAUUUUUUCUAGUUCUAAAAAUAUGUACUUACUGCAGAAAUUUCGGAAAACAGGAAAGAAU